CACUUGGCUCUGGCUCUCCGGCCGGGAAGCAUGGGACUUCCCGGGCUUGUCUGCGCCUUCCUGCUCGCCGCCGCCUGCUGCUGUCACCGUGUCGCGGGUGUGCCCGGAGAGGCCGAGCAGCCUGCACCCGAGCUGGUGGAAGUGGAAGUAGGGGGCAAGGCCUUCCUCAAGUGUGGGCCCUCACACUCCCAAGGCAACUUCAGCCACGCUGACUGGUUUUUUAUCCACAAAGAGAAGUCGACGCUCAUCUUUCGGGUGCGCCAGGGCCAGGGCCAGAGUGAGCCUGGAGAGUACCAGCAGCGGCUCAGCCUCCAGGACCGGGGCGCGACUCUGGUGCUGACGCAUGUCACCCCCCAUGAUGAACGCAUCUUCCUGUGCCAGGGCAAGCGCCCACAGUCCCAGCACCGCCUGCAACUGCGUGUCUACAAAGCCCCAGAGGAGCCCACCAUCCAGGUGAAUGUUCUAGGUAUCUCAGUGGACAACGAGGAGCCUGAAGAGGUGGCAACCUGUGUGGGGAAGGAUGGGUACCCUAUCCCUCAAGUCACCUGGUACAAGAACAGUCGGCCUCUGCAGGAGGAGAAGAAUAAGGUGCACAUCCAGUCUUCACAGACAGUGGAGUCGAGCGGUCUCUACACCCUGAAGAGUGUCCUGAAGGCACGGCUGCUGAAGGAAGACAGAGAUGCCCGCUUCUACUGUGAGCUCAGCUACCGGCUGCCCAGCGGGAACCACAUGAAGGAGUCCCGGGAGGUCACUGUGCCCGUGUUCUAUCCAGCCGAGAAGGUGUGGCUGGAGGUGGAGCCCACAGGUGUGCUCAAGGAAGGAGACCGUGUGGAGAUCCGGUGUCUGUCAGAUGGCAACCCCCAGCCCCACUUCAGCAUUAGCAAAGAGAACCCGAGCACCAAGCAGAUGGAGGAGGAGGUGACUACCGACAAUGGGUUCCUGCUCUUGGAGGCGGCCAGAAAGGAGCACAGCGGAGUAUACGAAUGCCAGGGCCUGGACUUGGAGACCAUGAUCUCGCUGUCAAGUGAACCCUACACGCUGCUGGUGAACUAUGUGUCUGAUGUCCAAGUGAGUCCUGAGAUGCCCGAGAGCCAGGAGGGUGGCAGUCUUACACUGAGCUGCGAGGCAGAGAGCAACCAGGCCCUGGAGUUUCAGUGGCUGAGGGAGAAGACAGGGCAGGAGCUGGGCAGGGGGCCUACGCUGCAGUUAUCCAACCUGAGACGGGAGGCAGGGGGCGGCUACCGCUGUAUGGCAUCUGUCCCCAGCAUCCCCGGCCUGAAUCGCACACGCCUGGUCAAUGUGGCUGUUUUCGGGCCCCCGUGGAUGGCAUCGAAGGAGAGGAAGGUGUGGGUGAAAGAGAAUGAGACAGUCAACCUGACUUGCGAGGCAUCAGGCCACCCGCAGCCCAGAGUCUCCUGGAAUGUUAGUGGAAUGGAGAGUGAGCAAGAUCAAGAUCCGCAGAGUGUUCUGAGCACCUUGAGUGUCCUCGUGACCCCAGAGCUGCUGGCCACGGGCAUCGUGCAGUGCACAGCCUCCAACCGUCUGGGCAGCAACUCCACAACCAUCUUCCUGGAGCUGGUCAGUUUAACCACCCUCACACCCGAGCCCACCAAAACCACUGGCCUCAGCACCUCCAACACUGUCAGCCCUCAUGCCCGAGCCAACGGCACCUCCACAGAGAAGAAGCUGCCAGAGCCCGAGAGCCAGGGCGUGGUCAUUGUGGCGGUGAUUGUCUGCAUCCUGGUGCUGGCUGUGCUGGGAGCCGUCCUCUACUUCUUCUACAAGAAGGGCAAGCUGCCCUGCGGGCGGUCAGGCAAGCAGGAGAUCACGCUGCCCCCAACUCGUAAGAGCGAAUUUGUAGUUGAAGUUAAAUCAGAUAAACUCCCCGAAGAGAUGGGCCUCUUACAGGGCAGCAACGGUGACAAGAGGGCUCCAGGAGACCAGGGAGAGAAAUACAUCGAUCUGAGGCAUUAG